CUUCCACAACACGCGAGUCGAUGCGAGCACAGAUUCCCAUCACGCGCACCAGGCAUCUGCUCCGACGCUUCACCAUGUCAUCCGCCGGGCAAGCACCCAAGAUCAACCGCAUCAGCCCGCUAUCAGCAGACGAAGCAAAAUGGACCGAGCUCCGCAAGAUUGAGUGGACCGAUCAAGAUGGCAAGAACCGUGUAUGGGAAGCUGCGGCCCGUAAGACUCGAUCGAAGGGAGGCGUAGACGCUGUUGCCAUUGCUCCAAUCCUGCGCCACCCAACCAGACCACCGCAGACCAUGGUCAUCCUCCAAUACCGCCCGCCAGUCGAGGCGUACUGCGUUGAAUUUCCCGCCGGGCUGAUCGACGAGGGUGAGACACCGGAGCAGGCCGCUGUGCGAGAGCUCAAGGAGGAGACAGGCUACGAGGGCAAGGUCCUCGAUUGUAGCCCAACGAUUGUCGCCGAUCCGGGAUUGACCAAUGCAAAUAUGCAGAUGGUCACCAUUGAAGUGCAGCUCAAAGAGGGUGAUGAACAGCCGGAGCAGCACUUGGACGAGGGUGAGCAUAUCGAGCGGCGUGUGGUGCCGCUAGACCAGCUCUACGAAAAACUGCAAGAACUGUCCAAGGAGGAGGGAAAGAUUGUGGACGCCAGGCUCUUCCACUGGGCUCUUGGCCUCCACUGGUCUCGCAAGCUCGAUCUCAAGAACUAAUGUCGGAACAUCGCAGAGUGGGACCAGAAAGGUUACAUUACAGACGAAUACGUUGCGUUCCUGGCUUACGGCUGGUAUUAUGGGCGAAAGUUCGCCCCGUUGUAGAAGUCAUUCGCAAACAGAUGCAGCUCCCACCAGCAAAAGGGAAGCAAGAGAAGUUGUCCAAAUACCAUGCCAUUCCACAUACUGUCUAAGUGUACACAUUUUGACACGCCCGC